GCUCUGCGGAUUACCUGAUAUUCGAAAGUGAAAGCACAUCUCGCCUUAUGGGACUGUUUGUGUAUUACCAUCCCCUAGGACUUGUGCCUACCAUGUCAGUCCUGCUGGUGCAGAGUGGGGACUUCUCCGUGCAGGACUCCUCUGCCAUCAGCCCUGCACAGCCCUGGUCAAAAGUGACUCCCCGUCGGCACGGCUGUGCCUAUCUACCAUGGGGACCAGGGCAUGAUAUAUGUAUUCGUAGGAUUCCGCGUUGGGACAAUGCCGACAUGUGGGCAGUCAUUCUUGAAGCAUCUCCUUUCCCCCUUUGCAUCCGUGUCUCGAGCUGCGUCAGACUUCGAGCGUAAGAAACAUACACGCAAACACGAAGAUACCAUGACCAAUCGACAAUUUCGGGACAAGGCCAAGUUGGUCACGUUUGCGAUUCUUGCGUUUCCGUUCAUUGCGGCCUAUACAGCCGUCAUCUUCGCUGGGAAGGGUGUCGCGAGGACCAUCGGAGCAGGUGAACCAGCCAAGUUGCGCGCCGACAUAGCCACACGACGCAUUCCCAAGUCACGCCCGUUGUUGGGUGGCAAAGAAGAAAGCCACGAUAGACACGUGAGCCAGGGAAUACACCACGGUGGACACAACACCACUGGGCAAUAUGGCAAGAGUGGCACGGGUAGCACCACCACCUUCCUGGACUUGCCCCUCGAGAUACGCCGCAAGAUAUACGCCCUUGCGCUAGGACAAGCGCAGUUUGUCCAGCCUGGCCUCGGUCUGUCGUGUUGGGGCUACGCGCCUCCAGACUGGCCCAGGCACAAGCGCAUCUGCACUGACUCGGAUCCGGGGAGUAACGCUCUGCGCGUGAUCAUCGGACUUGGCGGCUCCGCCAUCGAACAGUUUCCGAGGCCGAGGAAGCAAGGAUGUGUGCGAUAUGGGCGGUUCUUCAAGCUCUUCGCCCCGGACGGCGUUGAGGUCCGGUUUCACACCCACCCAUCGCGGCCCUCGUGGCUCGGGAACGUUGACCUCAUGCGCACCUGCCGUGCCGUGUACGCGGACAUGCUGGACAUAUUAUACGGCGACGUCACGGUGUGUCUGUUUGGCGAGGAGAUGGUGCAUUACUUCCUCCGCAACGCGAGCCCCGAGGGUCUUUCUGCCGUGCGAUUCGUGCAGGUGGCGCUUUUCGUGUCGGAGGGAGACUGGGAGACGAGAUCGUCGCGCCGGGCAGUUGAACGGGCGCUGAGGGGGCUUGGGGGGAAAUUGCCUGGGCUGGAGCAGCUCCACGUCGAGGUCGUGAUGAUGUUUGGGCAACCUGCUGGCGGGACGAGGAAGUUCUGGGACUGGUUGGUGGGUGCCUUUAAGAAGUCGGGUCUGCAAGGCCGGCUGAGGCGCUUUGUGCUCAAGAUCAGCAUCUACUUGCCGGAGAAGCGUAUAGAUCCUGACAUCAUGCCUCUACUGACCGAGCACUGGGGUUAUGAUGUCCACUUUGCUAAUUAUAUGCACGUGGUCAUGCCCUUGGCUGGGCUGGGCAAGGCGGAGUAUCUGGCCUUCAAGGAUGCGAUGACGGGGAACCUUGUUUAGAAAGGAGCACUUUUUGUUUUGUGGGCGUCGUGCUCUGAGCGGUUAGUCGUUCAGGUGUGAAAUAUAAUAUGAGGUCUUUGAGCUAGAGGUUGCAUUAGGGAAGUUGUGGCUCUGGUAUCAGCAUUGUUAGAGAUCGGCUUUGAGGCAAGCUGUUCUCGAUCUAUGUACUCGAUUUGGGUGAUAAUUUUUCAAAAAUGGAAAAAAAGGAAGGAUUUUUGUUUUCGAAAUUUAAA